GCCUGAGACGUGGGGACGGGUGCACGCGCGUCGCUCUCUGGCUCUCCCGCUCGUGACUACUUGAAGUCCAAGUUUCCGCGUCCCAUCUAUCGAGUUCGUGAGACGAUUUAUGAACAUUUGUGUCUUAAUAUAUAUAUAUAUUAGUGUAUGUGAUAAGCAUUUUUUGGCAUGACAAGUGUGAGCGAGGCUAAGAGACUGGCUUUAAUCUUGAGGAUAUGUAGCUUUAAAUCAUCAGCAAGUCUCAAGGAGCCUGAAACCUCUCCUGGGAUGGCGACGUAAUCUUGCGAAGGUGCGGAACAAACCUGUUGUUUCACACUUGGUUCAGUUUGAUGAGAGUUCAAAGUGUAAAUUAAGACAAUGUAGAAGAGCCCGGAAGUAGAGGAGAGCCAAGGCGAGCAACAGGUGUGAGUGCGAUUGGGCUAUACCACGUGUGAAGGCCUUUAGGUGAUAACAGAUGUGAUAGCGCUCGGGCGAUAACAGGUGUGAGUGAUAAGAGAGAGCUCUGGCAGGCACAAUGAUGAGUGAUAAGCGACCACUGACGUCAGAGGCCCCACUAGAGCCCCGAGGAAGGCCUCUUUUCUACCUCCUCCUCUCCGUGUUGCUGUGCCUGCUGCUCUUGACUCAAGCCGCCUCUUUCUUCUACCUCUUGGGUCGCCUGGAGGCGGUGCGGGGCGGGCUGGAGGCCGCCAAGGUGGAGGGCGCCAGGCGAGACUCCUACAUCACCCGAGAGUUUGAGCUGCUCAAGAGUCGCAUGCAAGCCCUAGUUGAAGACCAUCCCUUCACCUAUGGCAGUGUUGCAGAGAGCAGCCAUCCGCCCCUGCACGCCCCGCCACACCCACCCCCUCCCUUACUUCGCAGCCCGUCCCGCCCGUCACCGCCCGGACAGGACCCGGCCAACCAAUCAGGAGAGAAGAGCGGGCGGAUCAAGAGGCGAGCAUCUGACCCGUCGUACGUGAUCAACGGGGCUGUGCCGGAGGGCGCAGGGGUUAAGGGGGAAGAAGUGAGCAUGGAGCUGCAGGGGAAAGGCAGUAUGACACCCAGCAAGGUGGACGAUCCUUGGGUGGAACUCACCUCCUACUCCAGAUUGACGGACAAGGCUGUGGAUAAGAAUAAGUACGACACCAUCAACAAAUUCUGCAACCGCACGCAGGCUUUCUGUCCCGCUGGCCCGGCUGGACCGAUGGGACCAGUUGGGAAGCAUGGACAGGCUGGCAGGGACGGGGAGCGGGGGGACAGGGGUCUGCCAGGCCAGACUGGACCCCAGGGACCCCCAGGACUACCUGGGAUAACAGGACCCCCAGGGAUGAGAGGUCCCAAGGGGGAGAUUGGCUUACCAGGUGUGCCAGGACUUGAUGGACGGGAUGGUCUGCCAGGUGAGCCCGGCCUUGACGGUAUUCCUGGACGUAAUGGACUUGACGGCAUCCCAGGAGUGGACGGCAUUCCAGGGUUUGACGGGAUGCCCGGACGGGAUGGUGUUAACGGGACAGACGGUUCAGCUGGACAAAAGGGCGAGGAGGGUCCACAAGGUCUUCAAGGCUUGAGAGGCAUGGCCGGCCCGCGCGGCCGUAAGGGCAAGAACGGUACCCCAGGUGCGGCUGGCAUACCUGGUAUUAACACCUGGAAGGUCAACGGUACAGCUACCAAGAAGCUCCUCAUACCACCAGCCAUACCAGGCUCUACCCGCAUGCGGCCGCGUCGCCGCAAGCCCUACAUCGUAAAAGAGGGUGAAAACAUACGGCUGUGGUGCAAAGCUGCGGGAGAGCCAGUGCCGCAGGUGGAGUGGAGCAAGGACGACGGCAGUGCCAUCCCCACCGGCCAGUGGAAAGAGAGCGCCCUCUUCGGCCAGGAGCUGCUGCUGCCCCACGCCCACAGGGAGCACACGGGAGACUACACCUGCGAGGCCUUCAACGGCAUCCCGCCCAACGACUACAAGACCUUCACCGUCGAGGUUCACUUUGACCCGUACCUGCGAGUGAAGCAGUGGAGGGUCGGCGCCUACAACACCUCCAAGGCCCAGCUGGAGUGCCACGUCGAGGCCUUCCCCGUCGCCGUCACCUACUGGGAAGACCAGCACGGCAGAAUACUCGACAACUCCACCAAGUACUCCGUCACCUACCACCAGGACCCGAAAUUCGUCUGGAAGAGUGUGAUGAUGCUGAACAUCUCCAACGUUGAGGCUGGAGACUUCGGGGACUACCACUGUGUGGCCAAGAACGAGCUCUCCAUCACCCGCGGCCUUAUUAAGCUCUAUGAGAUUGACACGACCUUGUUCAUCCCAUCAACUGGGACGGUGGAUGGGUUGACCUUUGGUCCGGGCCCGCCCAGCUUUGUUGACCUGUUCAAUGACUUGUGCCCUCCCGCCAAGUGCCCGGACUGCUCCAAAGUCUCCAAGUGCGCAGAGGGCCGCGGGGCGCUCUUCGGCAUCCGCGUUGAGCAGUUCGGCAACGACACCUACCCGGGCUUCAAGAACAGGUCCACAGACUGCAUGUUGUCAGCCGUGGGCAAGCCGGUGUAUCAUCGCCACACAGACUCCAAAUACGGGUCGUGGAUGCGGGACCCGCACCCGCUCGAGCCCCGGCGGGAGCCCCGGUUCUGGACCACGGACCCGGCCGACCCGUACCGCCUCUACGAGUUCUCCGACAAGAACCGGUACCGGAAGAACCUGCCUAGCAAGAACUACACGCUCUCCUGGCCCUUCACUGGUAACUCCCAUGUGGUGUACAACGGGUCGUUCUACUACCACCAGCAAGGUCACCAGAGCAUCAUCAGGUACGACCUCAUCUCCGGCAACACCAAGUCCGUGUCGGUGCCUGGCGUUGCCACCACCGGUUACAACUACCUGUAUGGCACCAGCCUGGACUACAUCGACCUCAACACCGACGACAACGGCCUGUGGGCCAUCUACGGCCUCCCUGAGAGCAACAACAACACUGUGGUGAUGAAACUCGACCCUUGGACCCUCAAGGUGGAGUACAGCUGGAACAUCUCCCUCAGCCACCACAAGUUUGGAGAGCUCUUCAUCACCUGUGGAGUCCUCUAUGCCAUCGACAGCACCACAGAGAGAGACACUAAGAUAAGGUUCGCCCUGGACCUGUACCGGAAGCGGUUCCUGGAUGUGGACCUGCCGUUCAACAACCCUUUCAGGAAUACCACCAUGCUCGGUUACAACUACGAUACUAAGGAAAUAUACUCUUGGGACAGCGGAAACCAGUUGACGUAUCCGGUGAAGGUCAUCGACAUCGGCUACAACACUCCGGAGGAAGAGCGAAGCAGCGGACCCGAAGCCGCCCCUCACUUCAUGGAUUACGGCCAAGACUACGAGGCCAACCCCGCCGCCAGCUAGCACAGGACCUAGUUCCCUCUGACCUACGGUGUCCUGGCCUGCGUACAGUCCGGAGUGUCAUCUGACCUACUGUGUCCUGGCCUGCGUACAGUCCGGAGUGUCAUCUGACCUACGGUGUCCUGGCCUGCGUACAGUCCGGAGUGUCAUCUGACCUACGGUGUCCUGGCCUGCGUACAGUCCGGAGUGUCAUCUGACCUACGGUGUCCUGGCCUGUGUACAGUCCGGAGUGUCAUCUGACCUACGGUGUUCUGGCCUGCGUACAGUCCGGAGUGUCAUCUGACCUACGGUGUCCUGGCCUGUGUACAGUCCGGAGUGUCAUCUGACCUACGGUGUCCUGGCCUGUGUACAGUCCGGAGUGUCAUCUGACCUACGGUGUCCUGGCCUGCGUACAGUCCGGAGUGUCAUCUGACCUACGGUGUCCUGGCCUACGCACAGUCCGGAGUGUCAUCUGACCUACGGUGUCCUGGCCUGUGUACAGUCCGGAGUGUCAUCUGACCUACGGUGUCCUGGCCUGCGUAUAGUCCGGAGUGUCAUCUGACCCUCGACGUCCUGGCCUACGUAUAGUCCAGAGAGUCUGCCCCGGACGUAACUGCCUGGGAUCAUCCCCUGUACCAAGGGCCAGUACUCGUCAAGCAUUUAUGCAACCUCUUACGAAACCUGUGCAUCUGUCCUUAAUCAUGCCGGAUUUGAUUACUUUUAUUAAACCGUUUAUGAGUUGUUAAAUUUCACAACCCAAGGUUGUUAUUGUUAUUAACGACGUCGUAGUGCUUUGAACACAUAAGCUGUUCUAUACAUGUAAACAAAGCCGCAAUGAUUCAGGAAAGAUGAAUAGGUUUUGUAAGUGGUUGCGUAACUACUCGAAUCGCAAGCCAGGAGUCACAGGGCAUUUACGUGUUCACUUACGAGGUCGGAACUUCUGAUCUCGAUCACAGCGGCUUAGUUUACGUUAACUGUUAUGUGAACUUAUUUUUGUAAACAGCUUACGAGGUGAUCUAAGGCCACAGUUCUUGGGCUCCACCUCUCACCGUCAUCCCCCCCAGGACAUCUGCCACACGGGCAGAUAUAGAGAUAUAUCUAUCUCUAUCAGCAAAGCAUAUCUACAUUAACUUUUGUAUUUACUGGAGUUUGACAUUUGUUUGACUUCAGGUGUAUGAGUCGUAUAGAAUUGAGGUGUAUGCAUGAGCUGUACAGAUCACUUGAGGUGUAUAGAUCAACCGUAACAAGCGUCAGAUAUAAGUGCUUGUGCCAAACUCGGACCGUACCAACCCACCCAACCCUCCUAACCCAUUGAGGUCCAGCAGUCCGAUAGAGCGUCAAUGUUGCAUUGGUUUGUUUUUCAAUAAAGCACUGUAAUUUUGACGGUGUGGUCGAUAGUAUCACAAUUGCUGUGUAUUGCCAUGACAGGUUGUUGAAGGGUCGUGUGUCAUUACGAAACCUCUACAUCUUUCCGCAGUCACAGCAGCUGUGAUUACAUUAACAGGUUGUUAGGACCUUCGAGGUUGUUUACAACAAUAACUGUGAAGUUUACAAGCUCGUAAACUGUUUAAUAAAUGUAAACAAAGCCGCCAUGGUUGUUGAAUGAUGUACAGGUUUCGUUACUGGUUAACAAAACAACCCGAGAAUAUACUGUAAUGAAUGUGAUUAUUAUUUGAUGGAAGAUGUUCAGUUGAUGAUGAUAUUGACACUGACAUGACAGCUAAUGCUGAGUGAUUGACAUGACAGCUUAUGAUGAGUGACACUGACAUGACGGCUUAUGAUGAGUGACACUGACAUGACAGCUUAUGAUGAGUGACACUGACAUGACGGCUUAUGAUGAGUGACACUCACAUGACGGCUUAUGAUGAGUGACACUGACAUGACAGCUUAUGCUGAGUGACACUGACAUGACAGCUUAUGCUGAGUGGCACUGACAUGACAGCUGACAGUGUAUUAUCCAGUGUAGGAUAAUACACUGUGGGGACCCCCAGGGUGAUAUACUGACCCCAGGGUGAUAUACUGACCCCAGGGUGAUAUACUGACCUCCAGGGUGUAAGUGAAUGAGUAAGUAUGGUGUCCUUAAGUGGGAUGUGAUAGAUAUUUCCAGCAACUUGCAUAGUGAUGGGCAGAGUAUAUGGCUCCUUGCAGUGGACCGGUGGACCAGUGGACCAGUGAACCUGUGGACCUGUGGACCGGUGGACCUGAGGGCUGCUGCUGUAACACCAGGGUCAGGCCUCCAGGGUUACAACCUUAGGGGUUUCUGUCACAGUUUUGUCAAUUAAUGCUAAUGUAAUUUGCAACUAUUUGCAUAUUUUUUUUAUAAACAAAUAGGGCAACAAUCUGAAUUUUUAUGAAAAUGCUAAUUUAACUUUGUGAGUUUGUGUUACAAGUAAGAAAACAAAUGUAUUUGUUUAUAUAUAUAUAUAUAUAUAUAUAUAUAUAUAUAUAUAUAUAUAUAUAAUAUAUAUAUAUACACUCAUACAUAAAAUCUGAACAUGUAUAAAUAUGUACUUGUAAAUAGAUAACUUAACAGUGUGUUCUUUGUGUUAAAAUAUAAUU